AUGCCUAGAGGUAAAAAGAAGUCUCACAAAGGUGGUCACAGACAUUUCACAAAUGAGGAUGACCUUGCACUAGAAGCAGAGAGAGUUAGGAAAGAACAGGAAUGGAGGUCGAAGAAAGGCAUAGAAAGUGAUGAGGAAGGAGAAGAAUCUGGAGUUCCAUCUGGCUUUACUCUCAAUCAAAUACCUAACAUAAAUGAAGACUCAAAGGAAAGUGAGGAGGAGUCUGAGGAUGAUGGCAGCGAAGACCUGGACGAUAAGCCAAAAGGUGUAUCUCAUCUAAUCGAAGUUGAAAACCCAAACAGAAUUAAACAGAAGCCUAAAAAGGUUACAGAAUUGGUCACAGUUAAACCAAACCUAUCGAGGAAGGAAAGGGAAGAGUUAGAAAAACAACAGGCCAAAGAAAGAUACCAAAAGUUACAUGAGGCUGGUAAAACAGAAGAAGCCCGUGCAGACCUUGCAAGGCUUGCUCUAAUUAGGAAGCAGAGGGAAGAGGCUGCCAAAAAGAGAGAGGAGGAGAAAAAAUUAGCAGAAGCCAAGUCAGACAAGAAGUUAAAGGCCUAG